GAGCGCUCUGUCCAUCUUUUGUGCCGCUGUCUGGGCAACAGCGAGGGUCGUGGAUGGUGGGAGGAGGGACAAAAGCAAACGAAAAGACAGAAAAAUCGAACGGACAGAGCCUGAUGGAAGCGGGAGAAAGGACCGGUGAAAAGGCGGCAGAGAGACACGGCGAGAAGCGUAGCGGGCUAGCAGCUAGCCCGCAGGGCAGCUGAGAAGUUACCAUAAACAGGACUGAAGACCACCCCAUUAGAGGAAGCUUGUAACAAGACAAGAGGACACAGAGGAGCCAUGUCCACCACCACCUCUCAGCAACUGCCAAAGGAGGACGAGGAGCAAGAGGAGGAAGAUGAGGAGCAAGGGGAGGAGUUUGUGUUUGAUGACAGCGAAGACGAGGAGAAGUUACAGGAGGACGGCAAUCGGGUCGUGCAAUCAAACUCCAAACCGGUGUCACAAGCUGUGCAAGAUGUCACACCGCAGGAGGGAUAUCCCCGCAAGGAAGAAUCCAUUUCCACUGAAGAUGUUCCAGUUGGCGAACCAGCCAGUAGGGCCUCUGAAGCAGCCCAGUUCGAUGCCUCAGCUCUGCGUGAGUGGGAGGAGCUUCCAUCACGUUCUGCGGCGGCGGUGGCGGCGACUGAUUUGGGAGACUGCAACACGGAAACUGUGAAGGAAAGCUCAGACGUCCCUGAAGACAACUCCCGAGCCGAAGAUUCCUCAGAGGUAGUCUACGAUGACGUCCCCUGUGAGGAGCCCCUCUCCCCUGAUGAAGAUACGCUCUACGAGGACGUCCAGAGGGACUGCGGACCUCAUGUUGCGGGCAACGGGUGGAGCUCCAGCGAGUUCGAGAGCUAUGACGAGCAAUCGGAUGGCGAGAGCAAAGCGCCAACACGCAGCAAGCUCUCUCCUGAAGUGCGGCGGCUGAGAGAACGCUGCGCCAAGACCAAACGUGAACUGGCCAUGAAGCUGUCUGGGAAGCACAACUAUGAUGUCAAGGUGCAGCAGCUAAUGAAGGCGGCGAGAAGCGGAACCAAGGAUGGGCUGGAAAAGACCAGAAUAGCCGUCAUGCGUAAAGUUUCCUUCCUUCACCGGAAAGACACCAUCGAAGAGGAGGACGACGCUGGGUACCUGGAUGUGGCCAUGUCAGAUGUGAAGCACCCCCCCCCACAGCUGAGCGCCAUGCCGGAGGGGCUGACCAGCCACCAGGUUGUCAGGCGCCAUAUCCUGGGCUCCAUCAUCCAGAGCGAGCGCAGCUAUCUGGACUCCCUUCGGAGGAUCCUGCAGGAAUACCACAGACCGUUGCUGGAGGCCGAUCCUCGCAUCCUGAGUUCGCGGAAGAUCCGGCUCAUUUUCUACAGAAUCCGGGAGAUCACGCAGUGCCACUCCAUGUUUCAGAUUGCACUUGCGUCACGCGUGGCCGAAUGGGACAAUUGUGAGAAAAUCGGGGACUUGUUCGUCGCUUCGUUCUCCAAGUCCAUGGUGCUGGAUGUGUACAGCGACUACGUGAACAACUUCACCAACGCCAUGGCUCUCAUUAAAAAGGCCUGCCUAUCCAAACCCGCCUUUCUGGAAUUCCUAAAGAAGAAGCAGGCAUCCAGCGUGGACCGUAUCACUCUCUACGGCCUGAUGGUGAAGCCCAUUCAGCGAUUUCCACAGUUCAUACUGCUGCUGCAGGACAUGCUCAAAAACACACCUAAGGGCCACGUGGACCGCCUACCCCUGCAGCUCGCCCUUACCGAGCUGGAGACGUUGGCUGAGAAGCUCAACGAGCAGAAACGAGUCGCCGACCAGAUUGCGGAGACUCAGCAGCUCGCUCGCAGCGUCAGCGAUCGUCUGCUCAGUAAGCAACUGAACCUGGAGCAGGGGUCCUUGGUCCAGUGCGAGACUCUUAUCGAGACCGUAUACGGCGAGCGGGGACAAGUGCUCAAAUCCAAGGAACGCAAGGUCUUCCUCUUUGAUGACGUCUUAAUCUGCGCCAACAUAAAUGUCAAGGGGUCACCAGAUAUCAGCAGCCUGGUCCCAGUCGGGCCCAAGUACACCAUGAAGUGGAGCGCCCCCUUGCAGCAGGUGCAGGUAGUGGAAGUGGGUCAGGAGGCCUGCCAGAGCAAAGACGGCGCGUUCCAGCAAAGCGGCGCCAAGCGGCAAAGCGUCACCCACGCCUCAGGUAAAUCCAUUCUGGGUCCUCCGCGGCUCUACCAAGAACUGCAGGAACUACAGCAUGACCUUUGUGUGGUGGAGGAUGUGACUCUGCUGGUGGGAACACUGCAGGGAACAUACCAGAACCUGAACACCACGGUGGCCCAGGACUGGUGUUUGGCUCUGCAGAGGCUUAUUCGUAUCAAAGAGGAGCAGAUCCAGAGUGCCAACAAGUGCCGCUUACGCCUGCAGGUGCCCGGCAGGCCAGACAAGUCUGGUCGUCCGGUCAGUUUCAUGGUCGUGUUCAACACCCCCAAUCCUCUCAGCAAGAUCUCCUGGGUCAACCGUCUGCACUUGGCCAAGAUUGCACAACGGGAGGAAAAUUCGCCAGGCUGGCUCUAUGGCGAGCAUGAGGGGAAGAACAUGGCCCCAUUUUGGUGUCCUCUGCUGGCCUGUCACAUGCCUGUUUUUGCUACCAAGGUCCCUGAAAGAAAGCUUGAAGCCGCCAUCCACAAUCCUGUUCACUGUGCAAUGUUGGGCUUCUCGGCAGCCAGCACCUCCUUACCUCAAGGCUUUCUCUGGGUGGCUGGAGGUGGGGGGGCCUCCCAGGGCCAAAUAGAGAUCUUCUCCCUCAACAGACCUGUACCAAGGGCGGUGAAGAGCCUGCAAGUAAGCUCCGGCAUCCGGUGUCUGGAAUAUGUGCCGGAAUCUUCUUUGACUGCGGAGGCGGAGCCUGGAGAUCACAAAGCCACACAAGGAAGCAGCGCCAACAUCUGCGUGGGAUUAGACGAUGGACGGAUUUUGGUCUACGGCAGCGUGGACACUGCGGCUCAGUGCCUCGUGACCCUCAGCAAUCCAGAAGGUUGUCCUGUCCUGUGCCUGAAACACUCUUCUCUCUUCCUUUUUGCUGGCCUCCGCAACGGAACCAUGAUGGUUUAUGGGAGAAAAGACAGUGAUGAUCUUUGGGACCCCGAGUCCUGCAGAAGUGUGAAGUUGGGUUCAGAGCCGGUGAGGACACUGUUGGUACUAGAUGACUCGGUGUGGGCGAGCUGUGGGAACUCAGUCACGGUGGUUGACGUCGCCAGUCUCAGCACUCAGGCAUUCGAGGUCCACCCUGACCCGAUGGUGAGCGUCACACACGUGGCGUGUGCUGGCGGAGGCGUUUGGAUGGCGUUCUCUGAGGGCUCUUCCAUUCGUCUCUUUCACACCGAGACAUUGGAGCUACUGCAAGAGAUAAACAUCUCUACGCGCUCCACGAUGCUGAACAUGGGCCAAGAGACCAUGCGAGUCACCAGUCUGCUUAUCUGUCAAGGGCUACUGUGGGUUGGUACCUCCCAAGGCAUAAUUAUCACUCUGCCAGUUCCCAAAUUGGAAGGAAUUCCCAAGAUUACAGGAAAGGGAAUGAUCUCCCUAAAUGGCCACUGCGGGCCCGUGGACUUCCUAGCUGCCACCAUCAGCACCUUGUCUCCCGACCUCCUGAAGAGGGACUCGAUGGGGGAUGGACCGGACUCGGCCUGCGGAGGCGAGGAACACAGCGACACGUCUUCUCAGGAGUCCCUGCAGCAGUCAAACGCCCAGCCAGGCGAGGGGCGGGGCAAAGGUCGCGGUGUCCUCCUGCGCUACAAACUACGCUCCACGUCGGGGCUGCCCGGGAGGCCGCUGACAGCACUGGGAGACGAGGCGUCCGAUUCGUCCUUGGAGUCUUUGGAACACAGCGUAGAAGAUGGGUCCAUAUAUGAGCUCAGCGAUGACCCUGAGAUGUGGGUGCGGGGGCGUCCCUCCGAGAAGGACGGGAGGAGCAAGGACAGAGUGGUCUCUGCCGCCAUUAUCUCUGGCGGGAAAGGCUUUCGGAGGCUGAGAGAAGGAGCGCCUGUGGGGGGUGCUCGGACAAGUGGGGAGGCUUUAGAAAACGUUCUUCUGGUGUGGCAGCUCCCACUGACUGUGUAGUUUGGAACGUAAAGAGCAAGGACUUGAGUAUUUAUAAGAACCCAGCUUGACCUCACUUGAGUUCCCACUUGCUUCGAAGCUGUUUGAGGAUGGAAGCUACCACGUUGUCCGUCUCAGGUGGACUGGUAGAAAAAUGGAAGCAUCAUCUCACAGUGUUUCUGCCCCUACUGGCAGCAAAGCAACCAAUAGGAGCACAGCGUCCACACAGCAAAUAUCAUAAGUGCCAAACACAGAGGACAUUCUACAAACAGCUUAAAAAGCACAUUAGCACCCCCUGCAGGCCUGGAGUGGACUCUCCCUUAUGCACUUUGACUUUAACAGACACCAAAUGUUUAUUUCAAUUGUACAGCGUAUGCUCAGCAUCUUCCAGUCAAAGGGGUACUGGGGUCCAACUCGUCCGUUUCGUCUUUCUGCCUCACCUCAUCGUGGCUUUUUUGAACGUGAAGUCCUACGAGAUGGACGUCUUUCAUAUGGUCAGCUUCAGUCUUUCAUAUGGUUAGCUUCACUCCAUUAGCCUCUCAUUCGUCCUGCUCAAUGUGAACGUCUCAUGAUGGACAAUGUGCUGUUGCGUCCGCAGUAGCCCGAAGCUCCGCUUGCACGAUGAAGAACGAUGAAACAAACCGCAUAAACAUUCUUGCACAUUUUUUUUUUAAAUACUAAUGUUUUUAACAUGUCUGAUAGAAAGAUUUUACAUGUUGCGCCAAGUACUUCUUUUUAUCUAAUAAAUAGUAAGAAGAUUAGAGCAAUACUGAAAAGGAAAUACACAACACUAUUAUUAUUAUUUUUGCUCCCAUCUUUCAUGCUGCAGCAUGAUAAUGCACAACCCUGUGUCGCAAGGAUCUGUACACAAUUCCUGGAAACUGAAUACCUCCAAGGUCUUACGUGGCCGGCAUACUCACAGGACACAUCACCUAUUGAGCAGGUCUGGGAUGCCCUGGAUCAGGAUUAUACGGUAUU